GCUAACUCCACUAAACCCAUUCUAACUACAUUCAAUGAAGGCGACAUUUUUAAAUUUACACUCAAAUUUUCAAUAUAAGAAAUUAUUCUAUUGAAUCAAUUCAGUGCAAUCGUAUCAAGUUGAAAACGGAUAAAAUCAGAAUGUAUUCGCCCCGUUUGUUGUAAAAUAAUGAGUAAAUGGUUUGUGCCCAUUUAUUGAAAUCCAAUAAAUGAAGCGGGACCAACCCAUCCAUGAACAUUUUGUACACAAUAUAGAAGAUAAUUACUUCAUAGUAAAAACAUGCAUAGGAUUCUCGAUUUUUUGUGAGUGUCACGGAAGAAAAGCACGAGACGGAUUAAUUUGCUGAAAAAGAAAUACCGUAGAGAAAUAUUUGUGUAAAAUGUUGUUGAAAUUGGUGUAGUGUAGAAAUUAACUGCUUUAAUUAGUAAACAAAAACAAUAAGUAAAGUUUAAUUAGCAGACGACAACAUGGGUGAAUCCGUGCAGCUUCUGAAAAUGAAGCAGUACACACUUAGUAGAUUGUCAAGUGCUGAAGAAUUUACGUGGUCAAAUUCUAAAGUUGACGCCAACGGCAACACGCACAUGAACGGGAAAGCCCCUGGUGACAGAUCACCAACGUCGCCGACAACACCAAAACAAGACAAUGGAUUUAUAGCAAACAAGGAAUAUGGAGACUGGGAUAGUACAUUAUCCCCGACACGGGACGAUGAAUCCCAUUCCGCCCCAUCUACCCUACCCCGACAGCAGACGCGGAGCAGACCUAGUGGAACAAAACCCGCACAGAAGUUCAUUCCCGAGCACGAGAUUGAUAUUCCAGCGGACGGGAGUUUGCGAGAUUUCACCGUCGACGACAUGUCUACAUUUCUCAGAUAUAUGGGUAUAGAGGAAAGAAUUGUUACACACGUGCACAAGAAAGGACUUGACGGACAUAAAUUUUCAAAACUCAAAGAUUCUGACCUUGACGCUCUAACUAUGAAAAAUCCGAUUAUUUGUCAUUUUCGUGAUAAAAGUGGAACGAAAGAAAAAGGCGGGAAAAAGAAGGCGCCAUUUAUGUUGUAAUCGCAUUUUUGGACCUUUUGGUCACCAAAACUUUAUGAAACUAGCAGCUUGGAGUUAAUCUGUGAUGGUGUUUGAAAACUGCAUUUAAAGAUUUCUAGGAUCAUAGUGUGAUAAUUUAAGGUGCUUAAAACGUUUCGAGUGCUGAGAAUUUGCAUUAUUCACAAAGAACUACUUUUGCUAUGCAAUAAGAAACGGGUGUGAAGAAUUGUUACUUACAUAAACAAUUUAAAUUAUCACAGAAUGGGGAGACAAUCAUAUUUGAGGCAUGUCAGGGUACUGCUAUUUGGAAUAUGCCCAACGAUCGGCAGUUAUACGUAACUCAAACUUGCUUCAGAAUAUCUUACAAACACGACGGCGAGUUUAAUAUGCUGGCUUUUGUGUGAUGAACUUAUUAAUUCAUACAAAUGCAUUCUCAAAUUUUCAUCAAGUUUAGCUUAAGAACAAUGACAUACUUACCUUUGUAGUUGAUUAUCCUGUUUUUGUGUAAUGAGGUUUGUUUACAUUUACUACUGGGAUAUGUAAGGAAAAAAGAAAUAUGGCUAUUGCAAAUAUGUUGUUUGUUUUUUUGCUAAAAGAACACUAUAUGGGACCUUCUAAUUCUGGUUAAAUUGUCCUAAAUACUUUUGUAAAAUUUUCAGUGGUCGUUUUUGUCAUAUCUGUUGUUACUUUAUUGACGAUUCUUUGAUAAUGUUUGCAGAGAAUAAUGGAACAUUUACUACUGGUAACUCGAACGAUUUCUUAAUUCUCUUUUCGCCACACGAGUGUUAUAAGUGAUGGCUAUAAAGAAAGUGAGAGAGUUAUCUGUUAAAAGAUUGUCAGAGAUGUGGGCUAGGUAGUCCUAGUCAGUGUGGAAUUGAAACGGACGAGAUCGUCUCAUUAUAAAAAAUAGCAAGAGAGUGUUAGCAGACCGGACAAGGUCGUCUUACUAAAUGUAUAUAGUAACAGUGUUCACUGAACGGACGAAUUCAUCUGGUUAAAGCAAACUAAUGGCAUUGUUAAAAAGUGUAGCAAUAGUGUGUUAGCAGAAAGGAUGAGAUCCUCUAAUUAAAGGUUGAUCGAGAGAGAGGAAGAUAGUCCUGUUGUCUUCUUUACAGUGAUAACAAUAUGUUCACAAUGACACGUGCAUUUUACAUUUCAUAGUGUGUUGUUAUAUAUUUUAUUCUUCAUACAUUAAACCAAUGUGAUUCAGUUACUCUAGAUAAUCAUGUUUUGUAAUUUAGAACAUUCAAAUUUUCUCUAUUUUUAGUUAUGACUAAUACAAACAUACCAACAUAUAUUAUUAAAAUAAUAACAAAUUUA